GCUGUGGAAUAUGACAACCUUGGUCCAUCGGGAUAGGAUUGAAAUUCACAAGUUUAGGUGGCGGGUAUUAGGGGAGGGAUAAACGCAGAAGGAAGAGCACACGUAAAGUCCCAAACUGAAGCAGCCAUUCCAACCAGCCCUCCCUCCCUAAUUUGAAUCCGGCCAGGCUACUGUAAUUGUAAGAACCAAUAUCCACCCCGGCAGCACGCACUACAACCACCGUCGCGCGCUGCUGCUGUUUGCUGGGAGCAAGGCGGGGAACUGAACACAAUUUCUGGGAUCGGCACUUCUGCAUCUUGGGAAUUGAGGGUUGGGGUUCCUGGGGAUAGGCAUAAUUUAUUGUCUACCGGACAGUUAUGGGAGGCUGCUUCGCCAAGAGUCAAAAUGACGAUGAUGAUUCAGAGCACCCAAUUGAAUUUGCUGGUGGAAACGUGCAAGUCGUUUCCACUGAGGAGAGUUGGAAAGAGCAUCUAGCAGAAGCAAGCAAGGAUGGGAAAACGGUGGUUGCCAAUUUCAGUGCAACGUGGUGUGGUCCUUGCAGAAUGAUAGCGCCAUUCUACACGGAGCUGUCUGAGAAACAUCCAUCACUAGUUUUUCUAUCGAUCGAUGUGGAUGAACUAACGGAAUUGAGCACUUCAUGGGAGAUUAAAGCAACGCCAACGUUCUUCUUUCUGAGAGAUGGGAAACAAGUGGAUAAACUAGUGGGAGCCAACAAGCCAGAACUGCAGAAGAAGAUUACAGCGAUCGUAGACUCAGGCGGCGGCCAUUGUGAAGAGAAGUGAUUUUGCUGUUUCAUCAGUCUGUUAUCCUGUGUGCGUGCACGCACAUGAUGCUAAUUAACGUCAUGUAUCCGGUUUGGUUUUUGUUAUCAUCAUGUCGACCAUGGUCUGUGGUGUCUUGGGUGUAAUUUUGGUUCGUUGAUCAGGGCGAGAGUGUAUCGAGUUUUGAUGAUGGUGUUUAUCCUAUCCAUGUUGGUGGAUGGGUGUGUUGGUAUUGUUCUUGUUCGUUUCUCUGGAUGUGUUUGUGAUUUUCAUGUAGAUAUGGUAUAUGAUUAUUGAAUAAAGCUGUGUGUGUGUUGGCCGAAGUUAUCCCUUGGUUUAGUGGGCGUGAGGUGAGACGUGGGUGCAACUUGCAAGCUUGCUCCAGGCCA